AUGGAUUCUAUGAGAGAGAAGGCUUUUCAAGAUUAUAGAAAGAAGUUAAUGGAACACAAAGAAGUUGAAUCAAGGCUUAAAGAUAUGCGCGAACAGUUAAAAGACCUCACCAAACAGUACGACAAAAGUGAGAAUGAUCUUAAAGCGCUGCAAAGUGUUGGCCAGAUAGUUGGAGAAGUUCUGAAGCAGCUCACUGAGGAGAAAUUCAUUGUAAAAGCUACAAAUGGUCCACGUUAUGUGGUCGGUUGUCGUCGUCAGCUCGACAAGAACAGGUUGAAAGGUGGAACCCGAGUUGCUUUGGAUAUGACAACACUUACUAUCAUGAGACAUCUGCCAAGAGAGGUUGAUCCUUUAGUAUACAACAUGAGCCACGAGGACCCCGGUGAUGUGACUUACUCGGCUAUCGGUGGACUUCAAGAACAGAUACGACAGUUGAGAGAGGUUAUCGAGUUACCUCUAAUGAAUCCUGAGCUGUUUGUUCGUGUUGGCAUCACACCUCCCAAGGGCUGUCUCCUAUAUGGACCUCCGGGCACUGGAAAGACAUUACUGGCUAGGGCUGUAGCUUCACAACUUGAUGCUAACUUCCUUAAGGUGGUGUCUUCAGCUAUUGUUGAUAAAUAUAUUGGUGAAUCAGCUCGUCUUAUCCGUGAGAUGUUCAACUAUGCUCGUGAUCAUCAACCGUGUAUUAUAUUCAUGGAUGAAAUUGAUGCUAUUGGUGGCAGACGUUUCUCUGAAGGCACGAGCGCUGAUAGAGAGAUACAAAGAACUCUGAUGGAGCUCCUCAACCAAAUGGACGGCUUUGAUUCAUUGGGUCAAGUUAAGAUCAUUAUGGCUACCAACCGACCGGACACAUUGGACCCCGCGUUACUGAGACCCGGUAGACUCGAUAGGAAGAUUGAGAUACCGCUACCGAAUGAACAGGCUCGACUAGAAAUCCUAAAGAUCCAUGCUUCACCAAUCGCUAAGCACGGUGAAAUGGACUAUGAAGCGGUUGUAAAACUAUCAGAUGCAUUCAACGGAGCUGAUCUGAGGAAUGUUUGUACCGAGGCUGGACUAUUUGCUAUACGGGCUGAGAGGGAAUAUAUUAUACAGGAGGAUCUCAUGAAAGCAGUUCGCAAGGUCGCUGACAACAAGAAACUGGAAAGCAAGCUUGAUUACAAGCCCGUUUAA